UCAAUAUGGCGGACGAAAGAUAGUUCAAUUUUUUAUAUUUUCAUGUUUUUUGCACUCGCUGCUUUGCGAAAUGUCAUCCGAUGCGCAUUUCUGACAAAUAUGGAGUGUUAUCUACUUUGCAGUAAUAAAACUCACGGUCGUAUCUUCCUGCCUGACAAGAAAUCUGUGACGGUUGGUCGGACGCCAACGACUGAAAUUCGAGAUAAAAAAUUAUCCAGAAAGCAAGUUGAAUUGACUGCGGAUUAUGGACAGCGAACUGUUCUAGUUAAACAAUUUGGUAAAAACCCGAGCACUGUCAGAGGCAAAUCAUUGGCGAGGGAUGAAACGAAUACACUAAGUCCUGGAGAAAAAUUAUGCCUUUUGGGUUUAAAAUAUGAACAUUUCAUUCGUUUUACAACACAAGCUGGAAGCGACGCCGGCGACGAUUUUCACAGUCGAAAGAAAUCAAACCAGAAACGUAGGAUAGAAACUGACGAUUCAGACCAAAGCAGUUUACAGCCGUCUAAGAGGUUGAAAACUGCUGGGAAUGAGCUUGACGUUGAGAUAGGUAGGAAUGAGAAUGAUAUUGAUGAUCUCAGGGCAGAGUUUGGCGAAAAACUGAUAAAAGAGAUCAGUUCUCAUGAUGAAGAAAUUGGUAAAAAUGUAGAAACGACGAAGUCUUUUGACAAAGACUCAGUUGAGUGUCAACCAUUAGGUUGUUCUCAGUGGGACGAAACUGCGUCUGGGACACUUCUCAUACACAGAAGUGCUGGACUUGUCCCAAAAGAGAAGGUGGCAAGUUUUGAUCUCGAUGGGACAAUCAUUACCACCCAGUCUGGCCGCGUGUUUCCUACAGGACCAGAGGACUGGAGGAUAAAAUACCCGCAGAUUCCUUCAAAAAUACAGUUAUUACAUAAAGACGGUUUUAAGAUUGUCAUCUUUACAAAUCAGGGCCCAAUAAGUAAAGGAAGACUAAAAAAAGAGGAUUUUCGAAGGAAAAUCGAGAAAAUUUUGUUGAAACUACAAGUCCCUGUACAGGUAGUUUCUUCAGAUACGGUGGUUCGAUCUCAAAGCUUGACAGGGAACUUAAAAUGCUUAUCUUGGCAGGUUUUUGCUGCAACUAGUAAAGAUAUUUAUCGUAAGCCUAUGACGGGAAUGUGGCGAUAUUUAGUCGAAAAGGAAAAUCAUGGUUUCCCCGUGGAUCUUUCCUUGUCGUUUUACGUCGGAGAUGGCGCUGGCAGACCUGUAAACUGGGCCCCAAAGACGAAAAAAGAUUUUGCUUGUAGCGAUAGAACUUUUGCAAAGAACGUCGGUAUCCCAUUCCAUACUCCUGAAGAGUUUUUCCUCAACAAGAAACCAGCACCUUUCAGCUGGCCCGAGUUCAACCCGAUGGCUAUAGAAGAAAAUUUACCUCUAUUCAGUCCGACAACAGCGAAACUUAUCGCGGACGAGCCAGAGGUCAUAAUCAUGGUUGGCUACCCGGCAUCUGGAAAGACGACUUUUGUAAAGAAGCAUAUUCUACCCCAUGGCUACAUUCACGUGAACAGAGACACCGUUGGAAGCUGGCAAAAAUGUGUAGCGAUGUGUGACGCAGAGCUGACGAGAAAGAAGAGCGUUGUUGUUGACAAUACCAGUCCAGAUAAAGAAUCCAGACAAAGAUAUAUUCAGGUUGCAAGGAAACACAAGGUGCCAGUGAGAUGUUUUCUUCUCAAUGUUUCGUACGAUCAUGCGCAACACAACAACCGGAUAAGAGAGAUGACAAACAACGAUAAAAAUUACAAAUCCGUGGGAACUAUGGUGUAUAAUACAUACAGGUCAUCUUACCAAGAACCGAGUGUUUCUGAAGGAUUCAAAGAAAUCUUGAAGAUCAAUUUUCUUCCACACUUCGAUACAAUUUCGAUGAAGGAAAUGUAUAUGCAGUACACAGAAUAAACAUUGACAAAAAUGAAUAUUGUAAAAACUUCAAGAGAAAGAGACAAGUUUAGCGCAAUAAACUCUCAUUUCAAAAAUUACCUGUCGCCUCGUAAAACACAUAGAUAGGCAACUUAUGUAACAAAUUUCAAAAUAUAUUUA